UUUUGUGCUUAUCUUCAUUAAAUUUUACUUUAUUUUACAGCUUAUCCAUGUCUUUUUAAAUCUCAUUUCUGAUUCCAUUAAACCUUGAAAUAGAAUGGUACCCAGGGUCUUGUUCCUUGAGGUUGACACCAAAUCUACAAGCCAGGAAGAGUCAACUGUUCUCAUAACUAAUACGAGUAUGGUGAAGUCCACAAUUUUCUAGCUUGCUGAGGAAAAUGUAGCUGGAGAACUUUUCACAAAUCAAGUCAUCCCCACACAUUCUCUUCUUUGUUUAUCUUGUCCAUCGUGAACCAUUUAUUUCUCAAAAAGUUAAUUUUCCAAAGACUGAGGGUUCUGUAGAUGUGUUUGGGAGCUCCAGGCCUCACUUCAUGAUGUGAGUGUUGGCCAAGGGAAAGAUGACGUAAAAACACAACAAGAAAAGCAACCCUUUGGUGGUUGACCGAAUUUACCUCAUAGCUAUUCUAGGCAAGGGGGGUUUUCUUUGGGUUUACUGGUGGCCUCUGGGACUGUCUUUUGGUUUUGAGACAAUGGUUAGAAUGGUUAGAAUGUCCAGAGAGCUUCUGAUGCAUACUGAGGUCUCUUGCUUUAGGAACUGAUGCCUCUCAAUGAUGUGGCUGGGGACUUCAGGCAAGAGUGGGUUACCUGGGCACCGCUUAGAAAAUCCUAUUCAAGGAUACCACCCGGCACAGUUUGAAGAAUGGGCUCUCAAAGGGAUUUCCAGACCCAGUGUAAUCUCCCAGCUGGAACAGAAAGAAGUGCUACCAAUCCAAAAUUUUGAGGCAAGGAAGAUCCUAAGGGAAAGUCAUACAGACUUUGAGAAUCAGGUGACAAAACUCAAUCAGGACAUUUCAGAAACAGCAGAACGAUGUGGAACAUCCUCAGAAAGGGCCAAUAAAGAUAUUUCUCAUACUUCUAGAUGGGGAGGAAGCUGGGAGAGGGACCUUGAAUUAGAAGGGCAACAUGGAACCCUACCAGGAGAGGGCCGACUGGAGCCGCUUCCCCAGGAGAAGGAUCUAAACAAGCUGCUGGAUGGAUGUGUAGGAAAGAAGCCUGUGUGUGCAGAAUGUGGAAAAAGCUUUAACCAGAGCUCCUAUCUCAUAAGACACCUAAGAACCCACACUGGUGAGAGGCCUUAUAAAUGCAUCGAGUGUGGGAAAGGCUUCAAACAGAGUUCAGACCUUGUCACCCAUCGCAGAACACACACAGGAGAGAAACCCUACCAAUGCAACGGGUGUGAGAAAAAAUUCAGCGACAGCUCUACACUCAUCAAACAUCAGAGAACUCACACAGGUGAGAGACCCUAUGGGUGCCCACAGUGUGGAAAGACCUUUGGGCGGAAGCCACACCUCAUAAUGCACCAAAGAACCCACACAGGAGAGAAGCCCUACACAUGUCUCGAAUGCCAUAAAAGCUUUAGUCGAAGCUCAAACUUCAUUACCCAUCAGAGGACCCACACGGGAGUGAAGCCUUACAGGUGUAGUGACUGUGGGGAAAGUUUUAGCCAGAGCUCAGACUUGGUUAAACACCAACGAACCCACACCGGAGAACGGCCCUUUAAGUGCCCAGAGUGUGGGAAGGGCUUUAGAGAUAGUUCUCACUUUGUAGCGCACAUGAGUACUCACUCAGGAGAAAGGCCUUUCAGCUGUCCUUACUGCCACAAAAGUUUCAGUCAGAGCUCACACCUGGUCACGCACCAGAGGACACACACCGGUGAGAGGCCAUUUAAGUGUGACAGCUGUGGGAAGGGAUUCGCCGACAGCUCUGCCCUCAUAAAACACCAACGGAUCCACACGGGGGAAAGACCCUACAAAUGUGGCGAGUGUGGGAAGAGCUUCAACCAGAGCUCCCACUUCAUUACUCAUCAACGAAUCCACUUAGGAGACAGGCCCUAUCACUGUCCCGAGUGUGGCAAAACCUUCAAUCAGCGUUCCCAUUUUCUCACACACCAGAGAACACAUACAGGAGAAAAACCUUUCCACUGUAGUAGAUGUGACAAGAGCUUCCGUCAGAAAGCACAUCUUUUAUGCCAUCAAAAUACCCAUUUGAUCUAGGAAAUGGUUUGAAGGGCUUCUUCUGCCCCUUUCCAGAUUUUCAUUUCUGUUGUCUUCAGGUGCUCCAUGUAUAGAAAGCCUGAACAUGGGCAUCAGUGGCUCAAGUUGGGCCUUUUCCUACGCUUUAAUGGUGAGGAUAAACCCAUAGGCCACAAAUAAUGUUUUGAAUACAAAAGGCAUUCCUUCAGUGUUUUUAACCGACCUUAGGGAAAUGUGAGUGUGAUGGUUGAUGCUUGAUUUACUAAAAGAGGAGCGAGGUAUAUGUGGCCACAUUACCACUAUUAAUGAUUAAUAUUUGAGAUCGUAUAAGCCCUUAAUACUAUGUAACACCUGGCCCUUAAACGACCCUCAAUACGUUUAUUAGCCUUAUGAUUCAAUAAGAGUGCAUUAGCGCAGCCCCACGAAUCCAGGACUUGCAAGAAAUUAGAUUGCAACUAGAGGAUUUGGGGUAUGAACACAAAGAUUUAAUAAAACAGAAAACACUCUCCCUAUCCAGUGCUAUGCAGACGUUAGUCACCAGAUGUCUCAUUGCCAUGACAAGGCAGAAUUCUCAUAGAGGAUGUCUGUGGUCUUGUGACUUCAAGGCCGAAAGAAUUUCAGAAGCUCUUUGUACACCAGUGUAUGAGGUACUCCCACUGGAGGUUUGCUGCCAUCUGAGGCAUAGGAAAAUAUCUGGCGGUGAACAAGCCAGAAGAGGCUGGAAGAGGACUGUAAAACGAUGGAAGCAAAGUUGCGGAGACGUUAAAUAUCACAGGGAUCCUUCCUGGCAUUUAGCUGAGGGGAACAACUCCUGUUUCCUAAUCACCUGGCUCAUGGGCCCUUUGGUUUUAAGUUUAAUGCAACUCUGAUUUUUUUUAGAGUCAUUCCUUCUAUGCACUAGUACAUUCCUAUAUUUAAUGGAAAUAAAUUGAGGGAAGGCAGUGUGUUGGAAAGAACACUGCCUCCAUUGAGAAGGGGGGGUGUUUGAGCGCUGGCCCUGACAUUUAAUUUGGCCAGACUUUACCUUCUCUCGGCCUCUACCUUACUUACCUCACAAGGUUGUUGUGAGGAUCUAAUGCGUGCGCGCGCACGCGCACACACAAGCACUUUUUUGUUAAAUUAUAAAGUAAUAAUAUCUCUAAAAUUCAAUGUUCUGGUAUUGGUGGAAAUGUCUUUCCUCCAAGGAACUCUGGCUAUUAUUUCUCCAGGUGUCCCAUUUUCUUCAUAAUAACAGCUUUCUUUCUUUACCUGUUGAAAACCUAAGGCCCCAAAUCGCCGAACAAUGCAUUGUGGGUACACAGGUGACAGAAGAGCCAAAAUUUGGCUGCAGGUCUCCUCUACAACAGCAGAGAACGGACCGCCUCUGAGAUCUGCUAGAGUCUCUGAGACACUGCACGCAGGACUGGAUGCCCCAUAUUAUAUGCAUCAACCCGCUUUGAAUUUGAAUUUGAAAUGAUGGAGGGAUGUAGCCUAAGUUCCAGGGAGCCUUACAGGAUCCUGUGCUGGGGAGUGGGAGGGGAAGGGUAGACACAAGUGGUUAAGGAGGGAGCUAGGUUUGUCACACUUGGAGAGAAAAGAGGUGAGCUGAAGGUAUUCUUCUUUCAAGCCUUCCUGUGGCAAUACAGACUAAAUUAUCGGGUGAGCCUUGGAACAAGAGUUCAUUUGCUUUCAUUAUAUGGAAUGCUGUCCAAGUGCUGUAACCCAGGGGGAUAGAACUCAGCUGAUAACCUAAGCUCUUUCUUUGAAAGAGUGAUUAGAUUUAAAAAAUCUGGCUAAUCCGGUGCAGCGGUUCUCAAGAUGUGAGCCCAGACCAGCAGCAUUAGUGUCACCUGAGAACUU